AUGUCUGAAAUCUACGCCCCCGUACAAGACUUUCCCAAAAUCCCGGACAACUUGACUGUUCCACAAUUCCUCUUGGAUGUAAACCAUCCUACGCGACCCCAGCCCCCAAGCGUGGGCACACCCUGGUUAAUUGAUGAUACGUCGGGGGCAACGUUUGGAAAGGAAGAGCUACGGGCUCGGACACACGGUCUAGCCAAUUCAUUGUGGACAAAAUACAAUAUUCUAUUGGUACAACCAGAUUACCCCGUUGCAAUAUGGGCCGUGCACAGAAUCGGCGGUGUCAUCUCAGGCGCAAAUCCAGACUUUACGGUCGAUGAGUUGGCAUAUCAACUGGAAGCCACCAAGGCUACAUUCAUGUUUGUAUAUUCCGACGCCCAGGCCGUUGGAACCGCUGUCGCUGCAGCCAGACGCGUCAAUAUCCCUCUCAGCCGCGUCGUUCUAUUCGGCGCUGCAUCCGAAUUAUCGCCCGAGAGCGCAACUGUAGACGAACUCGCCCGGCAAGGUUUACUCUCCAGGGAAACCUUUGUGGAGAGAAGACUUGCCCCGGGCGAAGGAAAGACUAAGUUGGCUUUCUUGAGCUUCUCUUCGGGUACCACCGGAAAGCCCAAGGCCGUUGCAAUCCCACAUUUCUCGUUAAUCGCGAAUGUCAUUCAAUUAGCCGUACACAACAGAAUAAACGAGGCGUACACAACCUGGGAGGAACGUCGAUUCAGGCCUAGCGAUGUCUGCAUUGGCGUGCUCCCUUUUUAUCAUAUUUAUGGAUUGGUUAUCAAUCUGCAUUUCAUAUUGUUUGCUUCGAUGUCGAUCGUCGUCAUUCCUCGUUUCAAUUUUGUUGGCAUGCUCAAUAGUAUCGCGAAGCACAGGGUUACACACCUAAUGCUCGUACCCCCGCAAGUCGUGUUGUUGUGUAAACACCCAGCAAUGGCAACUGCGGAUGUUAGCAGUGUGAGGUUCAUAAUGGUUGGCGCAGCGCCUCUCACCUAUGAAGUCACCGAACAACUUAUUCGCAUUUUCCCUAAUGCACAUAUCGGCCAAGCUUAUGGGAUGACUGAAACAUGCACCGCAACGACGAUGUGGCCUAUUGAGCACAAACGGGGCGCCUUUGGCUCAGGUGGACAACUUAUGCCAGGCAUUGUGGCCCGCGUUGAAAAGCAAGACGGGACACUCGCCGGCUUCGACGAACCAGGUCACCUUGUAAUCAAAACACCUUCAGUUACGUUAGGUUACGCGGACAACGAAGAAGCGACAAAGGAAACCUUCGUUGAUGGGUGGGUACGUACGGGCGAUGAAGUACGUAUCGACUCAAACAAAGAAGUGUGGGUACUCGACCGACUGAAAGAGAUCAUGAAAGUCAGAGGCUUCCAAGUAGCCCCUGCCGAGUUAGAAGGUUGCCUCCUUGAUCAUCCCGACGUAUCCGAUGCAUGUGUUGUUGGCAUACCCGAUGACUUCAGCGGAGAGGUUCCCAUGGCCUUCGUGGUUCCCGCUCCCGACUCAGCUAAACGUAUGCAAAACGACAAGAAAGUCGCUGGACAGAUCAAGACAUCCAUAAUUCAACACGUCGCUGAUAACAAGGUCAAAUACAAGCAUCUCGCUGGUGGCGUUGAGUUCAUAGACAUCAUUCCCAAGAACCCUAGCGGAAAAUUGUUACGGAGAGUAUUACGAGACAAAGCUAAACAUCUACAGAAGUCGCGAGCUCUGGCUAAACUCUAG